AUGGGGACAUACGCAGUUCUUCCAGGAAACGGUGGGAUGUAUGGCCUAGUUUUUGACAAUACUUUCUCGAAGCAAAUAUCCAAGACUGCCACAUUCGUCUUGCUUACCUACCCUUCACAUGCUCCUCCACAUGCCACACAUCACCAGCAACCAGUUCCGGGAUCCAUGAGCGCAACUAGCAUCGGCAGUAUUGGUAAGAACUUAAGCCCAAAGCUUGGUGCCUCGGCUUCAGACUCUGUGGACAGCCUACAAAGCCAUCUAGCUGUGGGGAUUACUGUGAGCAGGGGGAAUUCGGUUGCCGGACGUGAAAGUGAUAACGGAACUCCAACAUAUCAUGUAGGCGUUCUAUCAAAGAGACGCCGAAAACGAGGACAGGGCUAUGCAAGGAGAUUUUUUUCUUUGGACUUCGCAUCUUGCACUUUGUCGUAUUACUACAACCGUAAUUCCUCCGCGCUUCGAGGAGCAAUUCCUUUGAGCUUAGCAGCUAUUGCGGCCGAUGAGAGAAGAAGAGAGAUUAGUAUCGAUUCAGGGGCGGAAAUUUGGCACCUCAAAGCUGGGACUGCAAAGGAUUUCCAGGAUUGGACAAAGGCUCUUGAAACUGCAAGUAAUACUGCUCGGGGGGUCGAGCCUGAAUCAAUACCGUCCCUUGAGCGAUUGAAAGUUCGAACAUCUGGGUUACAAACCGGCGCAUCAAGUCAAGACGAAGAGCGGGAAUGGGAACAGGUGGAAGCUCUUGUGAGCCGGAUAGUCGGAACUCGCGAUGCUGUACGGCGCCUUUGCAAAGAUACUGCACCUGGGGCUCCAACAAGAAAUGUCUUGCAAGGCUUGGGCCUGGCUUCGAUGAGUCCUAACGUCGAUGAAAAUACUGAUUACUUCGGUUCGGCAUCUGCUCCAGAGAAAAGGCCAUUCUGGAAACGAAAAUCCAGCGCACCCUCCACCCCCCGAACGUUCCAGCAAGCCCUCUCCUCGCAGCUCGCGGUUCCGGCUCCAGCAACAAUGACUACAGUCUCUGCAAACGGAUCUCAGACACCUUCUUCUCGGAGGAGCAAGCGAUCUAUGUCACCUGAGGAGAGUAUGCAUGAUCACUGCUCAGCUCUUUUGAAUGAUCUGGACACCGUUCUUAAUGACUUUCAAACAUUGCUGUCGAACAGUAAGAAACGGCGAAUGCCGGCCCCCCUGUCAUCUGUAUCAAGAAACAGCAUAGACUCUGCAUCAACAGGCGAAUUCUUUGAUGCAGAGCCAGGUGAAGUUGGCUCGCAGUUGCUAAUAAUCGAUCGCCGGAGCGAAGAGGAUACACAGCCAUCCGAGGCAGAGGAUGAAUUCGUUACAGAUGCCUCGUCAAUUUCUUCUGCAGAGGACGAAUAUUCCUCUACCCACCUUGAUGGUAAGACCGCGUUGUUCCCAGUCAAGCCCAAAUCACUGGAACCUCUUCCCAUUUCAACAGAAAUCAAACACAGGAGAACCGUACCUGCAGCUACGGCGCUGCCACCAAGUUUAAUUGGAUUUCUUCGCAAAAAUGUUGGCAAGGAUCUGAGCACAAUCAGCAUGCCCGUCAGCGCGAAUGAACCACUCUCUCUUCUCCAACGCGUCGCAGAACAGUUGGAGUAUGCUCAGAUCCUAGACACUGCUGCCUUUCAGAAGGUGCCAAUACAGCGCCUCUUGCAUGUCACUGCUUUUGCCGUGUCUCAAUUCAGUACAAAUCGCGCCAAAGAACGUGCUAUUCGGAAACCGUUCAAUCCCAUGCUAGGCGAAACGUAUGAGCUAGUGAGAUCAGAGACAGAUGUACCUGGCGGGUUCAGAUUGCUCGUUGAGAAAGUUUCACACCGUCCCGUCCGCAUGGCUUGUCAGGCUGAUUCGGUAAAUUGGUCGUUCAGCCAGUCUCCUGCCCCUAUGCAGAAGUUUUGGGGGAAGAGUGCAGAACUCAUCACAGAAGGCCGGGUUCGACUUGUACUACACCUGCCCGAUGGAAGCGAUGAAUUUUACAGCUGGAACAUUGCAACUGUGUUCUUACGCAACGUGGUUGUUGGUGAGAAAUAUGUUGAACCUGUUGGCACAAUGACUGUGACAAACGAGACUAGCAGUAGUAAGGCAACAGUUGAGUUCAAGCAGAAAGGGAUGUUUGGAGGCCGCAGUGAAGAAGUACAUGUCGAUACAUAUGGACCAGAUGGAGCGCCGACCGGGCUUGGAUUGAUAGGCAACUGGACCACAAGCCUACAGCUAUCAGACGGCGGCAAGGCAAAGGGCCCCGAGAUCUGGCAUGUUGGAGACUUGGUUGAGAACGCGCCGCAGAAAUAUGGAUUCACAACAUUCGCCGCCGGCUUGAACGAGGUGACGGAGCUAGAGAAGGGAAAGCUACCAAUCACUGACUGCAGGCUGCGACCUGACCAGAGAGCAGCUGAGAGUGGCGAUUUAGAUUCGGCGGAGCAUCUUAAGGCCAAGCUGGAAGAAAAUCAACGGACCAGGAGGAAGGAAAUGGAACAGAGAGGGGGCGUUCAUAAACCUAGAUGGUUCACCAGAAUUGAAGGUGGCGAUGAGGGUGAAGAGGUGUGGAAGUUGAAGGGCGGGAAGGAAGGGUAUUGGGAGGAGAGAUCCAGGGGCCUGUGGACCGGUGUGGAAGACAUUCUUUCUGGGUGA